CCGAGUUUUUAAUGUAUUUGCAGCUGGUAUUUGCCAAGAUGGGAGGCUUUUCUGUAAUGCUUUAUUUCUUUGUGCUUUUAAAUUUAUGUGGCGUCAUUACUUCAACAUGACAAGUAUUAUAGGAACUUCAGAAUUUGAAUGUGAUACAUACAUGUACUAAGCCUGGAGAGCUAUUCCCCUUCAUUUGCUAAAAGGAUAUAUGCUUUGCUAUAGGAUUGUCCUACGCAAUAUUUCAGUGCAGCGACAUAUUCAUAGACUUUACACAGUAAGAACUAUCCACAAGACGUCUAUCCCUUGGCCACUACAUGUUAUUGGAGAAUAACUGCCCCUUAUGGCUAUGUAAUACAGUUGAAAUUUAUUGACUUCACCACUUAUAAGUAUAUAUAUCAGUCAACCUGCUCAAGUUAUUCUAGUCAUACUCUAUUUAUCUAUGAUGGAAGUUCAGCAGUGAGUAUAGUCUCCUUCUUGGGGCAUAUUUUGGUAAUGCUUUACCAGCCAAUMUUAUAUCAAGUGGUAGAUAUAUGUAUCUUAAAUUCCGGGUGUAUUAUAACAGCCAUCCUAACAAAGGUUUUAACUUGACGUUCACAGCUGUUAAAGACUCACCUGACAAUAUCAACAUCUGUUCACCAUUGAAUUCAUUCUCAACAAACAAUAACAUUAGACUGUAUGCAUCAUCCGGUUAUCAAGAAAUCCAAAGUCCUUUAUAUCCAGACAAAUAUCCUAGCAACARUCAAUGCACAUGGUACAUUACUGCUUCAUCAAGCUUACGCAAGAUUCUUCUUACAUAUAAAAAUGCAAGUAUAUUCAGUAGUUCAUCUACUUCAAGUUCAUGCGGUAGUACACGAGAUAUCCUAACUAUACAUAAUGGACGCUACAGUUACAGCAAAAAUCUACAAUCCAUAUGCAGCAAAACCACAUCAAAUAUUACGGUGAAAUCUUCAUCCAGAUACAUGACAAUUCGUUUUAAGACAGACAGUGAUAACUACUUUGUUGGUAACACAGCAAYAUUUUUACUGAAGUUCAAGGAAGUUGAUGAAUCAACAUUUAGUAUUGAUCCAUCAAUUUGUUCACCUGGCAACAGCAACUACACAAACAACAACAUCAGGGUGAGAGCAUCCUCCAAAGCAAAGUAUAUCACCAGUCCUUGGUAUCCUCUGCGAUAUCCAACCAACAUCCAGUGUACUUGGUACAUAACAGCAUCAUCAAACUCCAAGAGAAUUAGACUUACUUCUUCUUACACCAAGCUAUAUAAUAGGAAUUACUAUCCAUGCAACAGAUACUCAACUGACAAAGAUAUCCUGAUUAUUACUGAUGGCGCAAGUAAAUCUAGCAACCUUUUGAAAGUAGUGUGUGGUUCCUCGUAUUCAACAGUUAGAUCUACUGGUAGAUAUAUGACAGUCCAAUUCAAGACCAAUUCUGAUGACUACUUUCUAAGCAGUAAACCAGGCUUUGAAUUAAAGUAUUACGAGUAUGAGUAUGAUGAAGACUCAGAAAAUACAUCAAAUAUUGGUAAGAUAAUUGGCAUCUUUAUUGCUGUGUCAUUUGGUUUUUCUUUUGUGGCAUGCUGUACUCGUUAUGUCAAAAGAGUACAUUCUCCAGGCCAAACACACUGUGUUCCAGCUUCUACAGUGUUACAAACAACUACAAUUACAAGGACUGGUGCAACACCUUCUGCUCCUCAAUAUCCCAUACAAGAUGGAAUCACUCCCCCAAUGCAAAGUAACAACUUCUCGCUGRUCACUGGAAACUAUGCAACUCAAGGUCCAGGUCAGGGUAGCUACCAAUCACAAGGGCAAGGCAGCUACCCACCACCUGGUCAAGGCAGCUACCUACCACCAGGUCAAGGCUAUCCACCUCCAGGGCAAGGCACCCACCCAUCAACAGGGAAAGGCAGCUACCCAUCACCUGGUCAAGGCAGCUACCAACCACCAGGUCAAGACUAUCCACCUCCAGGGCAAGGCAUCCACCCAUCAACAGGGCAAGGCAGCUACCAACCACCUGGUCAAGGCAGCUACCCACCACCUGGUCAAGGCAGCUACCUACCGCCAGGUCAAGACUAUCCACCUCCAGGGCAAGGCAUCCACCCAUCAACAGGGCAAGGUAGCUACCCACCACCAAGUCAUGACAACAACCCAUCCAUUAGUCAAGCCACCUACUUGCCUGUAAGUCAUGGCAGCCACCUUCCACCAGGGCAGAGAAACUACCCACUGCCUGGCCAAGACAGCUACCCAAACAGCCAAUUCAACUACUCAAUAUCAAACAACUAUCCAUCAGAUCCUCCCCCUCCUUACCUGCCACCAGUCGAUGAUCCGAUACCUAAUUUACCUCCACCAAAGUAUCCAGGGCCAUCAAUCUAAAUCAACAUCAAUGAAAUACUCCUUACACUGUACAUUUCAUGGUCAUUUUUGAUACAUUUCCUUAGUAUACUAACCAAUCUUAAAGACACUACUCUUUUAAGCUGGUGAACAUCAAGCUGUACUAACCAAGAUUUUGACCUUCAAUUCUUACACCAAGUAAUGAAAACUGCUCAUCCAAACCAUCACAGCACAUCACAGCUGAUGGUACACUGUUAGUCAAAUGCCCAAGACGUGUAAGAGUGGUUUUCAAAAACCUAUGAAUACUGUUUAGCAUACCAACAUUAUUUUGCAAGUUACCUUAUAGGCUAUUCACACAUUACUGCACUUUGUUUCAUAGGUUCAUGAAAAGCUACUCUAAGGAUGUUAUGUGUGUUCUUCAUGUAUGUAACUAAGAGUGGGUUAUGGAUUAUUAAUGGCAAAAUUAAUUAGAGGCCUCAAUAAUGUCAUUCCAUCAAAUAAAUAUUUGAAAUUG